UCUAUCACCUCGCGACGACGAAGGAGGCUCCCCAGUGCCCAUUCGGUCUUCUCUUGCUUUUCUUUCUCGCCAAAUCUUGUUUGCUUGAGCUUAGCUUAUUCUUCUAAGCUCUACUACUUUACUAUCCAAAUCCCUUUCUGCGGCUUUUCUCCUUGUGCGGGAUCGCUCUUUCUACUUGGGGCUUCUCCAAAUUGCUUGUUCGUGUUUCGACAUUGCUUCUUUCUCUGGGUCUUCUUCAACAAGGGAAUUUUGUUGGAUGUGGUUGUUUGAAAGGCAACAUGUCGCUUGGUUCUGGCUGUGUGAUGGAUUGUAACACAGGAGGGAUACCUGAUUCAUGCAUGUUAUAUAAUUGCAAGAAAAGAAGGGUAUCUGAAAACAUUGUUACUUCAUCAAGUGAGAUAAUGAGAAAUAUUCGAUCUUCCCUUCCCGUGUUGAACUCAUCAGAAUACUAUAUGAAACCAUCACUUCAGGAGUUAUUGACUCAGGAGCUCCAAGAUCCUGGUUAUUGUAGCCGUGUUCCUGAUUUCACCAUUGGAAGAUUUGGUUAUGGCUCUGUCAGGUAUCUUAAGAACACGGAUGUCGCAGGUUUAAAUCUAGAUGAAAUAGUGAAAAUUCAUAAGCAUGAGAUAAUUGUAUACAAUGAUGAAAUUGAUAAGCCGGCGGUUGGUCAGGGCCUUAACAAGGAUGCUGAGGUAGUUCUGAUACUAGACAGUAGAUCAUUGAAGUCUAAGGAGUGCCAGGGAAAUGAUUUGGUGAGUAAAUUAAAACAAAGCUUAGAGAGACAAGGAGCACAAUUUAUAUCCUUUGAUCCGGUGACUGGUGAAUGGAAAUUCUUGGUUGAACACUUUAGUAGAUUUGGUUUUGAUGAAGAGGAUGAAGAAGAUGUGGUUAUGGAUGAUUCUGCUGCAGUUCAAGAUCCAGAUCAGAUGGAUGAUGCUGACAUAUAUGAUGUUGAUAAAGAAACUCCAAAUUUUGAUGAAGUUGAGCUAUCUCAUUCUCUUCCUGCACAUCUUAGACUUGACCCAGUAAAAAUGAGAGAAAUGAGAUUGCUGAUGUUUCCUGAUGAUGAUGAAGCAGAUGAAUUAAGUCAGAAAUCAUCUCUUGGUAAAGAGCAUGUAAGACCUGUACACAGCUCUGCUCAUCCUGUGUCCCAUAUAUCUAGUCCACCUGUUCCACGAAAAACUCCACUAGCACUGCUUGAAUAUAAACAUGGGAGUUUUGAUUCAAGCCCUCCUGGAGCCAUUCUGAUGGCUCAACAACAUAAAGGGAUGCCUCUUAGAACACUAAAAGCAGGUUUUAAACUAGAUAUGAAUCAUGAAACUUCAAUAUCUGGAAACUAUGCUCGCAACAUAGUCGAUGCUGGUUUAUUCAUGGGUAGGUCAUUUCGAGUAGGUUGGGGACCAAGUGGCAUUCUUGUACAUACAGGUGCACCUGUAGGAAGUGAUAGAGGUCACAGGGUAUUGUCAUCUGUGGUCAAUUUGGAGAAAGUUGCUUUUGAUAAAGUGGUUAGGGAUGAAAAUGACAAAGUGAGUGAGGAACUUGCUGACUUUGCGUUCAACACUCCAUUACAUUUUCACAAGGGAAUAGACCAUGCCAUAAAAGAAGUUGAUGUUGGAACAUGCAAGCUGAAGUUUCAAAAGCUUGAAGCUAAUCGUACAAUGCUCUCAGAUAUUUCUCAUGGGUACUGUGAUAUUAUUGAGAGGCAAUUGGCUGUUCCUGGGUUAUCGUCUUCUGCUCGGUUGGUUUUGACACACCAAGUAAUGGCCUGGGAAUUGAUCAGGGUUCUUUUUUCUGAUCGGCAACAAAAAGGGCAAGUAGAAUCUUUGGGUGCUGACAAUGAGGAAGAUAUGAUGCAGGACAUGAAGGAAGUUAGUCGAGACAUUGAGCCAGAAGCACUCCCUCUUGUGAGAAGGGCAGAGUUCAGCUAUUGGUUGCAAGAGAGUGUUUCCUAUCAUGUUCAAAAUCAAAUAAGCUCAUUGAAUGAGUCUGAUUAUCUACAAAAUAUUUUUGUCCUCCUGACGGGGAGGCAGCUGGAUGCAGCCGUGCAAUUGGCUGUGUCCAGGGGAGAUGUAAGGUUAGCUGUUUUGUUAAGUCAGGCAGGUGGUUCAACUCUGAAUCGUUCAGAUGUUGCCAGGCAACUUGAUCUUUGGAGAAUCAAUAGGCUGGAUUUUAGUUUCAUUGAGAAGAGCAGAUUAAGGCUUUACGAGUUGGUUGCAGGAAAUAUACAUGGUGCCUUGUUUGAUGUUAAUCUUGAUUGGAGGAGGUUCUUGGGUUUAUUGAUGUGGUACCAAUUACCACCUGAUUCAUCAUUGCCCAUUAUUUUUGAGACUUACAAACAUCAUCUUGACAAAGGAAGGGCUCCAUAUCCUCUUCCUCUUUAUAUUGAUGAAGUACCACCAAAUGAGGCCGUCAACUGGAACUCAAAUAAUCACUUUGAUCUGUCAUUUUAUCUCAUGCUUCUUCAUGCCAGUCAGGAGACAGAUUUCAGCUUUCUGAAGUCCAUGUUCAGUGCCCUUUCUUCAACCCCUGAUCCACUUGAUUAUCAUAUGAUCUGGCAUCAACGUGCAGUCUUAGAAGCGGUUGGUGUCAUUAGUUCUAAUGAUCUUCAUAUUCUAGACAUGGGACUUGUGUCUCAGUUGUUGUCUUCAGGGAAAUGCCACUGGGCCAUAUAUGUGGUCCUUCACAUGCCCCAUUGUGAAGAUUAUCCAUAUCUUCAUGUAAAUCUGAUUCGAGAAAUAUUGUUCCAAUACUGUGAAACUUGGAGUUCUGAUGCUUCUCAACGUCAAUUCAUUGAGGACUUGGGUGUUCCUAUUGAAUGGCUACAUGAGGCUAUGGCAAUUUAUCACAACUAUCAUGGAGACCUCUCAAAAUCUCUCGAGCACUUUCUCAAGUGUGCAAAUUGGCAGAAAGCCCACACUGUUUUUGUAACUUCAGUGGCUCAUAAGUUAUUCUUGUCUGCUAAACACACACAGAUAUGGAGGAUCGCAACUUCCAUGGAAGGUCAUAAAUCUGAAAUUGAUAACUGGGAGUAUGGUGCUGGGGUUUAUGUUUCAUUCUAUCUUAUGAGGAAUUCACUUCAAGAAGGCAAUUCUAUGACUGAAUUGGAUUCUCUUCAGAGUAAAAACGCUACUUGUUGGGAUUUUAUCAGUCAGCUAAAUGAAUCCUUGGCUGUUUGGGGUUCCAGAUUACCUGCUGAUGCUAGGAUGGUAUAUUCAAAGAUGGCAGAAGAGAUAUCUGAUUUGCUGCUAUCGACAAUUGGUGAAGGCACGACUCGUGAUGACCAGUUGAAUUGCUUUGACACUGUCUUCAAAGCUCCAAUUCCAGAAGACCUUCGCUCGAGACGCUUGCAAGAUGCUGUGUCUGUGUUCACUUGCUUUCUUUCAGAGGUGUCAACAACAUAGUAUUGCAUCGGAUUCUCACGAUUGAGUUUUGAAUUUUGAAGCAAAGUGUGAAUGAAUGCUAUUAUAUACUUUAUUUUCUGUUUGUAGUAGUCUGAUGCCAUCCAAGGAGUAAUAUGGUUAUACAUUAAGUGUAGAAGUAUUCAUCUCUGUAUCCAUGAGAUUUGUUUUGUUGGACUUGCAUGAGAAGUUCUAUAUCAUAUCACAGGGUAAAGUCCUGAGAUUGUGUUUUCGUAUUUUGUAAAAUGGGAUUGGAGUCAUGUAAAAUGGGAUCGAGCCAGGUUUUUUUUUUUU